AUGGCGGCACCUCCGCAGUACGGCAUUCACCCCUACAGUCACUACGGGUAUGCGUAUGGGACAGGCACGACGGCUGUUGCAGCUGCAGACUACACGUGGGGAGCGAACGCAGCGCAGUAUUCUCAGUGGCAAACACCAUCGGCACAUCAAUCCGCACCCAACCCACUUGAUCAAGAGCCAGACGCCCUCCAGAGCCGUACCCUCUUCUUUGGCCGUCUCCCGGAGGAUGUGACUGAAGACACUCUACGUGACGUCGUCGCGCAACACGGCGACCUCAAGAAAGUUGCAGUAUAUCCCGAGAAGCGGAUGGCCUUUGUCGAGUUUUAUGAUCUUCGACACGCCGAAGCUGCUCGCGACGCCCUCCGCGGCUCCGAUGUCUUGGGGAAACGCGUGGAAGUUCAAUUCUCCGCUGUGAAGCGUCCGGAUAAAGACGGCAAUACUGGAACACUGUACGUACGCCCGGUUAGCACUGUCCAUGUGUCGGGGAGCUGGACCGAUCCAAACAGUCUGGACGCAUACAGGGAGCUCUUCGCCAAGCAUGGAGACCUCAAGAAGGUUUCUGCGAAUCGGAAACGAGAAACAGAGAAGUUCGUCGAGUACUUUGACUUGCGAGAUGCCCAGAAAGCCCUCGACUCGUUAAAUGGUUACGUCUUCAAUGGUGCCACGCUGCACAUUUGCUUCGCACAAAAUGCUUCGAGGACAGUAAACAAAAAUGUGGAACGGCAAGGUUCACGCCGGACACCAGAGAGCUACGGCCCCGUCAGGGGGAGCGGCGGCUCAGGAAGCGGGGGAGGGAUGUCAAGAGCGUAUGCCUCGGCCCCCUACGCUGCGCCGGUGAGUUCUCACCACGCUGUCCCAGCAAUCUACGCGUCGGGUCCUCUCACGCCUCAGCACCCUCCACCCGCCUACGUCGCGGCGGUGCCGUACGCGGCGGGUCCAGCGGCGUACGGCGCGUACGCAGUCCCGUACCAGCCUGCUCCAGCAUACAGCCUCUACGCGUAUCAGCAGCCCCAGCCUCAGGCAGCCAAUGGUUACGCAGCGCCGCAACAGUGGGCCUCGACCACGGCUCCUGUAGCAGCGGCUCCGACCCCCGCGACGGCUGUCCCCUACGCGGUGGCGCCCCAAGCGGCGAGCACGUCCUCGACGAGCCGGUCGAGUCCUGCCAGUGCACCACCCUCCGUGGCUGUUUCGACGAGCUACGCGGGCACAGCUCCUCUGCCUGCGGCCGCCGGCGCGACGCCAGUCGCUGCUCCUCGCUGGUGA